UGCUCCCCGAUGCGGGGCGGCCCCCGGCAGCGCUCCGGUGCCGCGCUGCGGGGCUGGCCGCGGGCCAGGCGCUCCGCAGAGGCGGGGGGGCAAGGUGCGCCCCUUCUCCCCCAGCCCCAGCCCGCCCUCCGCCCGGCUCGGCCCACCCCGCCCCGCGGCGCCCGCGGCCCGGCAGGGCCCGGGCUCCGCAGCGCUGUGCACAGCCCGGGGGGCACGGCCAGCGCCAGCCGGGGGAGCGGGAGGAGCCGCGCCGCUGCUCCCGGCAACUGAUUGCCAGGAAGGGGGGAAGCGCCGCAGCUCGGUGCCCGCUGAACACCUGUCAGAUCGUGGAGCCUGAUUUAUACCUGGCCCUGGCAGGCUCUCCGCUGGGGAUUUCCCCCUCGUCCCACUUUUUUUUUUUUUUUUUUUUUUUCUUUUCGCCUCCCUCCUCCUUUCCCGGAGCAGUUUGAAAGGGGGUAUUUUCUUCAGGGUAUAAAGCUGAGAAUACGGAGGAAGAGACGCUAAGAGCUUCACCUCAUUGCCUCAUUCUCCCUUUCAUGUGAACAUCCUGCAACAUUUCCUUCAUCCUGCCGCACCUCUCACCUGGCCAGCGCUGCCCAGAUCAUGUCCGCUAAGCUCCUGCCGGUUUUCUUCCUCCUCUCAGUGUUUCACGCCUGUUCUAGAAAGGUUGAAGAGGAUGAAUAUGAAGAUGGAACAACUAACCAAAAAUGGGUUUUAGCUCCAAAAACACAAGACACAGAUGUGACUCUCAUACUAAACAAGCUGCUGAGAGAGUAUGACAAAAAGCUACGGCCAGAUAUUGGAAUAAAACCAACAGUUAUUGAUGUUGACAUUUAUGUCAACAGCAUUGGUCCUGUAUCAUCAAUAAAUAUGGAAUAUCAAAUUGAUAUAUUUUUUGCCCAGACGUGGACAGAUAGCCGUCUUCGCUUCAACAGCACCAUGAAGAUACUGACUCUGAACAGCAACAUGGUUGGCUUGAUCUGGAUCCCGGACACGAUAUUUCGUAACUCGAAGACGGCAGAAGCUCACUGGAUCACCACCCCCAACCAGCUUCUCCGCAUAUGGAAUGACGGCAAGAUCUUGUACACCCUCAGGCUUACCAUCAAUGCUGAGUGCCAGCUGCAGCUGCACAAUUUCCCAAUGGAUGAACACUCGUGUCCUCUGAUAUUCUCUAGCUAUGGCUACCCUAAAGAGGAAAUGAUUUACAGAUGGAGGAAAAACUCAGUGGAGGCUGCUGACCAGAAGUCUUGGAGACUCUAUCAGUUUGACUUCAUGGGUCUCAGAAAUACUUCAGAAAUUGUGAAAACCUCUGCAGGUGAUUAUGUAGUCAUGACUAUAUACUUCGACUUAAGUAGAAGAAUGGGAUACUUUACUAUUCAAACAUACAUUCCCUGUAUAUUAACAGUUGUUCUUUCCUGGGUAUCCUUUUGGAUUAAAAAAGAUGCCACACCAGCAAGAACAGCAUUAGGCAUCACCACAGUAUUGACCAUGACAACUCUGAGUACCAUUGCGAGAAAGUCAUUACCCCGUGUCUCCUACGUCACCGCUAUGGAUUUGUUUGUGACUGUAUGCUUUCUGUUUGUCUUUGCUGCUCUGAUGGAGUAUGCAACCCUCAACUACUACUCAAGUUGCAGGAAACCAAACUGUACUAAGAAGAAAAAGUCGCUACCUGAUGUCAGUUUUGGUCAUGUGAUGAAUUAUUCUGUACUUGAUAUGAGAGCACCAACUACAGUCAUCACAUUGAACAAUGCCAUGUACUGGCAAGAAUUUGAAGAUGCGUGCGUCUAUGAAUGUCUGGAUGGGAAAGACUGCCAGAGCUUUUUCUGUUGUUAUGAAGAGUGUAAAUCAGGCUCAUGGAGGAGAGGACGAAUUCACAUAGACAUCUUAGAACUGGACUCUUACUCUAGGGUCUUUUUUCCUACAUCCUUCCUGCUGUUUAACCUGGUCUACUGGGUUGGAUACCUCUAUCUUUAAAUGUUGCCUGUAGUGGUGAAGACUGCUGUGUUUUCACACUGGAGGGAUGGUGAAAGUGCAGAAAAAGUGAAGGACACGGUCAGUUUCAUCUCAAAUUAUAAAGGCCACAUUAACCUUCACCAUCACAGAGCCUGAUGAAGAAUUUUAAUAUGUAAUUGCCUGAAAAAGAAAAAUGUGGAAGAAUUCUCUCCUUACUGCUAUUCAUUUUAAGGAAAAGAUUCUUACAAAAUACAGCUGAAUUUGUAGUGUAAGCGAUGUUUAUGAAUAAUUAUUGUAUAUUAGAAUCUCUACUAUUCUCCCUUGGCAUAGAAGCUAUACAAAAUUCAGGCAAAGGUUAAAUAUGUCAUUUUUGGUUUUCAUUCCCAUACUUUCUUCAAAAUGCUGCCAUAUCCCUGAGGCUCAGAGCAACAUUCACUGGCACUGGCAAGUAAGCCAAAGCUGACGAAACCUCUCAUUUGUAUUUAAACUUGCUUGAGCUAUGUCCCAUAGGUUUUGGGAAAUAUUUCACUGGUGAUCUGCUUGCUGUAGGGAAACCACCAAAAGACAGUAGAAAAUGUCUCUGGUGGGAUCAAAACAUGGAUGUUACUUUCUGCAAAGGUCUGGGAUUCAUGGAAUUAGCCACUUACCUACACAUAUUGCUUUUAAGUAAGGUGAAAAGGCAGAGUUAUAAGAAAGCUAUUAUUUUGAUAUAAAUAAAAGACUUGCCUAUCUCUGAGGCAGCUGUAGGCAGAACUUCUACAGUUUUUCAAGCUUUUAACUGUCUUUUUUAUGACUGGUUAAACACAGGAUGGUCAUUGAUUUCUAAAGUACUCAAAGCAGGACAAGAUUCCUGCUUGUUUGUGUCAUUGUAGCAGAUCAUAGUUGAUAGGCCAUGAGUAAAAAUCACUAUAUAAUAGCACUAGGAAUAUGUGACUUUCUUCUGAUUGCAAUUUACUGAAAACUGUUCUCAUACAUUCUUAUUUUUUCUCUCAAAGUUAUUUUACAAAAUUGAAAAACAUGAGUGCCAAAGGACAUUUUUUGUUCCUUCUGUGAAGUUAAAUAUUGCAGUCCUUAUUCACAGCAGUUGUUCCCUGGGUCUGAGCUGAAGACUGAACACUUCUGACUUGAAUAGUGCAUUACGGGAACUCAGUUGUCACACUUGGAUUAAACAUGGAAUAGUUGCAACAUAUAGAAAAAGGUUGUUUUCAUUUUUUCCUAAACUACCAACUAUAUUUUACCCUAGAAAGCUAUUUUGUAUUUUUCAAGCUUUUGACCAUUAAAUUCUUAAACUACCCAUUUUUUCAAAAACUAGUUUUACAAUGUUAAAUUAGAUUGUCUUUAACAGCCUGUCUCAAUAAUUGCUAUUAAGCAAACAAAACAGAUUCAAACCUAAAUGGCAAUGGCUUUUCACUACCCUUUGGAUGACAAAUGGUUACAAAUUAUUAAAGUUAAAACAUACCUAAAAACAAAAUUCUAUUUUUUCUUCUCUUAUGGAGGACCUGAUAAUUUUUUCUCAUCUCAAAAAAUGUGUGUCUCUUCCACACAGUUUUUGAUGAAAAAUGAAUAGUAGAUGUGGUUGAAGAGCAGUUCCUUUUCUCCUGAGAAGGAAAAUCCUGCAAACAAGCAAAAACUAAUGCAAUGGUAAUUCUAAAGGAAAAAAAAUGCUGUCAUGUUCUUUGAAACAUCGCUGUCUGUCAUUGCUGUUUCUCUGUGCUUCCAGUGAGUUUUUAAUUGAAAAAAAAUUGCAAACGCAAAAGUUAACUGUAGUUAUUCAAAAUACUUUCUUCUGUUUUUCACUUGUCUAAAAUAUCAGAGACAGAGCUGGGUUUAGGUGGGGGAGAGGAAUCACUUCUCUAAGGACUGACAAAAUUCAAAUUAGAAGCACAGAGAAAAAAUAUUGGGGGGCAGGAUCAAAACCUUAUUUUUAGUAAAAUCUGCCCAAUCUGAUCUUCUAAACCAAUGAUAACCUUCUGACUUCAAAAUACAUGUUGAAGUUUUUGCUAAUUCUCAGUAGCAAAUUACUCUGUAAACCUCUGUGUCCUACACUUGGAAGAAUGGGGUUUUUUUAAGGAUGAGAGUUGUAUUUUCAGCAGUGCAAGAAGGUGAUUGAAUUGAAGUUGAAUAUCCUGGUCUCUAAUUAUGAAUUAGUCUGCUCUAACAGCCACUUUCAGCCAUAUUUUUCAAGAACACUAGAAAUAUUUCAAGCCUAAAUAAAAGAAUGGAAACAGUUAUCCCUUAGGGGCCUGAUCCUGCAAACCCUCUGCACAAUCAAUUGAUUUUGGUGGGAGUAUUGAGACAGAUGAGGCACAAGAAGGUCCCUUCUGCCAUUAGAUCUUGAACAGGUAAAGUGAGCUUUAUUUAGCAAUUGCAUACUUGAGUGAAUGUCCUGGGAGUAAGUGUGGAAGAUGAACAUUCCCAUUUUGGAUGAUGAGCAUACACUUUUCUUAACAUUUCUGCUCAUGGCUACCCAUUCCUUCUAAAAGCACACAAUCCCAUCAGAUCCUUCCUUGGAAGACUGAAUCUGCUAAGUCCAGUCAUAUGGACUCUGUUUUCUGAGUGCUUUCAUAAACAGAAGUUGGAAACAUGUAAUUCCCCUUGUUUCCUUGGUCCUAACCAAGAAAGACUCUCCAGGCACUACUGGCUUCCACUCUUAUACUGACAGCAGAGGACAUAUUCUACUGUGUAAUAUAUUCUACUCUGGGGUUAUGUGCAAAAAAUUGAUUUGUAUUCCAGGUGAGCAGCUGCAGACUGGCAGGUUCCAGAAUGCAUUCCUCUGCUUAUUCCUAGUUGCGUGGUUUACUCUCUUUGCUUCACUGCUCUGUGCUUUGGCAGCCACUGAAAAAAUGUAGAGAUCAGGAAAAAUAAGCUUUCUAGGCUCUGCAUCAUUCAAAAUGAAAUUAUUCUAGACACCUAGAUAAUGUGGUCUGCAAAUAUCUAUGUGCCAUAUCCUUCUGUAGUAGUAAGAAUAUCCUCACUAACCUCCAGAUAUUCUUUUGCUUCUUUCACAAAUUGAAAAAAAUUGACACUUCUGUGCAAUGUCUCAUGAGAUCAUCUUAGAUAAUUUCAUAUUCAAGACUUGCAUUUAUUCAACUACUUCUUUUUGUUAUUUAGUACUUCUUUUUACCCCUCCAAGGAAGGGAAGGGAACAGAGGAAGGCAAAACCAAAUGACUAGUGAAAUGAACGCAUUUGGAUAUGUAUAUAAACCCACAAAAUCAAUUAUCUUCAUAUUAAAUUCCUUCCUUUUUAAAGUUACAGAAAAGAUUGUGAGGGUUUGUUUAGAUAACCAACUUUUCCCAGGAGGAUCUAAAAUCAAACCUCUUAUUCAAUCCCUUCAUUUAAAAGUUGAUGGACAGUGUUUUCCUGCAUUGAAGCCAGCAUUUUCAAGACAAUUAAGAAAGUGUAAGAAUACUGUUCUGUUUAAUUCAGUCUUCUCAGUUCUUCUCGCCCUGAUGCCUAACAUACUGACAGCUCCUUCUUUUACAGCCAUUCUUCCAAGAAUAAGUGUAUAAAAACUUGCAGCCAGUUUAUGCUGUUCCCAUGUCCAGCAGUAAUGUGGAACUGAAGUAUGCCACAUGCCACACAAUUCUAAUGUAACUUUCUAAUCAAGAAGUAUGGCUGUAGAUUAAAAUACCUCAGACACUUUGAUAACCUUUCUUCUCUUUCAGAUGCUCAUUUUCUCCUUCAUCAACUCUCAAUUGUAUAUUGGCAUAUUGUACAUACCAAUAAAAAUGACAAAAAUUACAGCAGGAAGAAUCAAAAAAGCCAGAACUGUCUUCACAGAGACAGCAAUGAGUAGUGAAGCUAAAAGAAGAGGAAGAAAUAUUUUUUUAUUGCUGUGCAGUUCUUAUCUGUCCCACUCCUGUUAUUCAAUUCUUCCCACCAACUACCCUCAGCUAAUUCCAAAUCAUCCACCUGGUGGUUUGCACAUUCAUCAGCUGGAACAGCAGUGACACGUGAGCCUUUAGCUGAUAGGAAAUUAUAUUUCUGGAACUGGAGGCAUCCUGCCAAAUAACUUGGAUAGAUUACUAUCUCAAACACUUUUGCAGCCCUAAUGUGUCUCAGAGUCUAGCACCUCAUCUUGCUGCAUAAAUUUACCACAACACACCUUACUUGGUCAUUUCAUGAAGGGAAGGAUGCUUACCUCCCUUUUACACCAAAUUUCACCACGCAUCUAGAAAAAUGACUCUGCCCUGCCCAUACUCCAAGGGACCAGGUGCAAGACAGCUCUGGGAAGACCAUAGUUGCUGUCCUGCUGACUUUGUGGGAAGGGAGUCUCAAUAUUUUAAGACAGAUUUCAUUAGUCUCACAGUCUGGAGGGUUGGUGUUACCUUCUACACUGUAAAACAAGGCGCCCACUGCAACUUGUAAAGGCUGUCCAUAACAGACUGUACUUUUCCCAUUGGCUGCUCUUUCUAGGUUUCCAUAAAGCCCUAAGAAACAGCAAAUCUUAUCCCAUAAUCUUAGCUGCCUACACAAUUAUAUGAUUUUUUUUCAAGGUAUAUUCUUCUUCUUGCUUAUGGUGAAAUCUUUGUGCCUCUUACAUUAGUGCCUUUAGGAUUUCUGGAUAUUGAAGGAUAUACUAUUCAUCAUCUGAAAGUUAGACAGAGGGACAAUGACCUUGCUGGAGUUCUUCCUGAGCGUCACAGUGUGUGACCAAUCUAGAUGUCUUCAACCUACAUAUUGAGCAUUUGUCUGAUUUUUCUUUAUGUUUUAAGCAGUCCGUAGGUCUCUUAAUACCUAAGUAGCAAGAAAACUGCAGUGGAAUUUCAGCAGUUUGGCAGAAUCCUUCCUUCUUCACUCAGCGACUUCAUUCCACCGAGAGAUGCUGAGCAUAAACUCAAGGCUGAUGUUUACCUCACCCAGGUGACUUCCCAGAAGACUGUUUAAAAUAGGAAAAAACCAAACUAUGCAUUGGGAAUGCAUUUCUACAGCUGAAAGGUGAGGUUCUUUCUCCUGUAGAGCUUUACUUUUUUCUGAGUUCAUUUUAGGUCCUCCCUCCGUCUCUCCCUUCAUCUAUAAAAAUGGCAAGCACAAAAACCGCUCAACUUACACUUACAUACUGAAAACUUACAGUGAAACUUACAUACUGAAAAAAAAGCAUAGUUUCAUUACUAUUAUACUAUAUUUAUAUGCCUACAACCUUCUUAUGGUUCACCACAUUCUCUUCUUGAAGGGUUCUAGUAUAUAUACAAAAAAUGAAGGCCUUCCUUCAAGAUUCAGUGGCCUUAAUAGUUUUGCCUUUUCCACUGGGAUCCAUGAUUUGGACAACAAACAAACAGAGAAUCUACUUUCCUCACCAUUUAGGUCACUGUUUUAGAUACUAAAACCAAAACUAUGUUUUAUAUCUAAAGUGAGAUGAUGUUUUAACAGGAAAAAAAAUCAUCACCGCUUGAACUGCGUUGCUUUGACAAGUUAAACAGUAAAUUUUUGUACACCAUACCUAUGGUGGAUAAUGAUCCUACCCUAUAACCCUGCUAAGACUAAGUCCUGAAUUAGGGAUAAAUAUUGUUCUAAUCAUCCAGUUUACCUAGUAGCUGUUUCUUUAAAUCACUUUCAAUCGUGACUGACUUUGAGCACUUGUUUAGUGUCUGAUGAUAUUCCUCAAGGGAGAUAUCCAAGAUCUGUGAUGCUGUAUUCCCUUCUACAAACUUUACUUUCUUUUAUUUUUUCUUUUUUGUUGUGGGUCCUCAAGUCAGUGUCUGUAUGCGUCUGGAGUCCUCAAGGGUUUUCCUAAAAUAUAUGUGAAAUUAGAUAAUAAAAUUCAUCAUGAAGUUCAGUGCCUCAGAGUUGGACACCUGAGAAUUCCCUGUUUUCUAUCAAAACAUGCAUUUUGAUCUUCUAAUCACUUGCUAUUUAUGAAAGACCGAGUAAGACAGCAGAAGACAUGUGGUUAUGUUUAUUCAUAUGUCUGGGGGUAGGCUUUCUCAAGGACUCAAUUGCCAGGCAAGGCAGACACUCAUACAGUCAGUUAUUUGCCAGGUAUGCUUCUCUCGAGGUAACGAAUGACACUAGCCAGAGGAGCCACAACAGCCUGUUUGGUGUCAUGGAAGCAUUCAUGUAACUCAACUUUACUUGGAGGACUAAUCCAGCCUGCAGAGCUUCUUAUACAGGAACCCAGGUGCUCCCUUUAGUGCUUAAUACGCUGCUAAAUACUCUCCUAAUGUUUCUUUAGCUUCUUGCAGCCUAUGGCAGUGCUUGGGAGAGAUGAAGCUCUGCUGACACAAUAUAUUAUAAAAUACAAAGAAUUAAAUAUCCACAGUGAAGCUGGUGACUGCUUGUUAUUGAGACUGUGUUAUGAUGACAAGUUUUAAAGAGAAGGCGUCUAGGUCUGAAUCAAAAACUUCCUCGUUAAUCAAGAUCAUUGACCAGAAAAGGGGUUUAAGUUAAAAUAUUCUUACAAGCAAACAGGAAGAGCUUUGGAUCAUGUUCUGGCGGGGCUGAUUAUCCAUUAACUGGCUUCAAAGCUUGUGGAGAUCAGAUUUGUAACUUCAGUACUUAAAGUGAGAUUUGUAAUUUACGUACUUAAAAUGAGGCCUAAAACAGGGAAAUGCCAAAAUUUCUAAAUUGCCCAUUAAUAGAAAACGGAUGAAGAUGUCGAUAUUGACAACACAUUUGAAAAAAACCUGCUGACAUAUGAAUGUGGAACAGAGUCCAUCCCAUACUUACAGACCAAGUGGGAUCCUUAAGAUGUGAGCUGCUGUUGAACUCAUGGAAAGCUGGCAAAAUAAUUGCAUCUGACAGUAUUACACAGGCAGACCAGGAGAGCAUGUCACUGCCAGACAGAGUGCUCCAAAAGAGACAAAAUUUCAGAAUAACCUUCCACAAAACAAUGCUCCUCUGAACAGGGGGAAACCUUGUGCAGAGAGAUUUCAGUAUCAGUCCCCCGUGUUCUCUUUUGUAGUCAUUAAGGAGUCCUGUGACUUUAUUGUCAUCCACACUCACAUGCAAUACCAACAGUAAAUCACGUGUCAACAUGUGGCUGUCACAAGUAGGAACACUAGGCUGGAGGGAAUCUGAACCCAGUCUGUGGCUAUAUCACAGGCAGUCAUCAACCACCUCAUAUAAUCUUGUUUUAAACUCUCAGUAUACUCCUCUCAAAACAUUUUUCCCAACUUGACAACAUAUGGAUAUUUUUUUUUUAUUUUAAGUGAGUGCAAUUUUAGGAAUCACAUAAAAACUGCCAACUAUGUGCCAAAUUGAACUUUCUUAUAGAACACAAAUAAAAUUUUAGAUUUCUAAUUAUCCUUCCUUCCUAACUUUUUCUUAGGGGUGUGUGAUUUCUUUGCUAGCAGUGCAGCUUGUGAUGUCAUAGUGAAAUGAAAGUACAAUUAUGUGCCCAAUGUGCCUUGAAUACUACAGGUAGCACUAGUACCAGUAUGUCAUUCUAAGUUAGAUAGCCAUCCUAGUGAUCCCCCAGACUGACCUAACCAGAAAAGUCAAACACCUGUGUGCUUCAUCUCCUCAAGUUCUCAGACAAUGACUUUCCCUUAUCGACCACAUCCAUUCCAGUUUACUUUGUGUUAAGGAGUAGGGCUGUGCGUCUAGAAUACUAUUUAUAUUCGUAUUUUGAUCCCAACAUUUGUAUUUCUGGAUACAAAUAAAUACACAUUAUCAGAAAA